UUGGUGACGAGUGUGCUGGUGAUAAGGCGAGGCUUAGUGCACUAUCUCAUCAUCCUAGUUUAAGAAGAGUGUCAGAGAGAGGAAUAUUACGAAACCUUUCUCCUGCAUACACUGCUUAUCUCCCUUGUGUGUCUCUCCAACGUGCCUUACCGAGUCCCACCUUGUCUGCCUUGCUGAGUAUAUACUAACACGUGGAAGAUCCAGUGGGAGUCAGUCUAGCGGCCACCUUGCUUCGGUACACACCUCGCGGGGACCAGGGCUAGUGUGGUGAAGUGUGUUGAGGAGAGACUGCCUAACUGAACUUCAGGCUGUCAAUUCAGUGUGAAGUUAUCCCCUAAUGUGUCUUGAUUUGUUUAUAGGGGUUGAGUGAUUGAUUAAUUGCUUGUUGUAGUUGAAGUGCAACAAAAGAGGCUGAGUUACAAGAAAUUUCAAUUAGCACCGGACUCCGACAGAAAGAAAACGAGGUGUGUACCGAAGUGGAAAGGCACGUGGUCUAGAGCUGUCGUUUGCAAAGGAGAGUGUUAUACUUGGAAAAUACUUCAUGGACUGCCUUGUGUGUACUGCGAGGUAGAGGGACACCUUAACUCACCUGUGACCAGUGGGGGGCGGGCCUGCCUCUGCCUCUGCUCUCCCUCCUCCCCACAUUGCCCCAACGCCCCAGCCUCUUCCACCCCGGGGCAGCCUCAGGAGGAGCGGUGAAUCAUGGACAAGGACUUCUGGUGUGACUUCGUGGCAGGCUGGCUGGGGGGAUGUGCGGGGCUGGUGGUGGGCCAUCCCCUGGAUACGAUAAAGGUGCGCCAGCAGACUCUGAGGAAGGUGUCUGUCCUGGGAGGCAUCACCAACACGUUCAGAUAUGAAGGUGUUCGCGGGUUCUACAAGGGCAUGGGAUUUCCUUUGCUAGCCACCGGAACUCUAAACGCGCUUUUCUUCGGUGUCUAUGCUAACACUCUACGGCUCAUCUCUCCGGGGAAAGACAAACCCACCUAUGCGCAGAUUUUCGUGUCAGGAUGCGCUGGUGGUCUGGCGCAGCUCGUGGUAGCUUGUCCUGUCGAUCUGGUGAAAAUCAAAAUGCAAAUGCAGAUGGGGGUGGCCGAGGGGAAGUGGGGGAAGACCAUCGGGCAUGCGUACGCUGGUCCCAUGUCCUGCCUGAAGGAUCUCUACAGAAAAGGAGGCAUAAGAGGAUGCUACGCUGGGCUAGGAUCUAUGGUGGUCAGGGACGUGCCUUCGUUCGGGAGCUACAUGGUGCUGUAUGACUCAAUGAUCGCCAGUAUUUCAGGCUCAGAAAAGAAUGCAAAUACCGGAGUCUUGAUAUUUUGCGGUGGAAUGGCAGGUGUGCUGUCCUGGGCCUCCAUCCUGCCCCUGGACGUGGUCAAGUCGAGGCUACAGGCGGACAAUCCAACGAACCCUCAAUACAAGGGAACGGUGGACUGCCUGAUUAAGAGCUACAAGGCGGAUGGACUCUCAGUGUUCGGUCGAGGCUUCACGAUGAUGUCAGUGCGGGCUUUCCCUACCAAUGGGGCGAUCUUCCUGGGCUACGUUACCUCCCUGAACGUGAUGAAACAGGUGACGGUAGGAGGCGAGCAGGCGGACAUGGUGGUGACGUGAAGCAGUGAAGCAAUAGUGGGAUUCACGAAGCACAGGUGGUGAUAAUGUGACUCGUGUUCUGAAACGCUGGUUUAUCACGAGUAUUUCUCCAGUUAAUAAUAAUGUAGAGAUUUUGUUCUUGUUAAUCUCUCGCUGAAACUGUUGAAAUUUUACUGAAAUCUGGGUCACUUCAGGCAAAUAUUUUUAUUUUUAAUGUAACGGAUAGGAAAAUGAAUAUAGGUAGAUAUAUUUAAAUAGGUGAGACAAAGAAAUAGGAAAAUAAAUAUACUAAAUGAUAGAUAAAUAGACAAAUAUUAGUGAGUUAAUAGAUAGAUAGAUGAACAGAUAGAUAACAAGAUAUUUACUAUAGAACGAUAUAUAUA